UGACGAACCUGCUGCCGUCGACAUCCCGCUGCCUGAUGGUCCGCCACCGUUGGCUGCUCUCAAACUACCCCAACGCCUCAACAUCGCCUCGCGAGUGCGCAUUCUGGAAUCUGGCCAAAUCGAAGCCCUGCCCAUCAAUGAACACAACAUAAAGAAAAACAUGAUAAGAAAAUGGGAGAGGACAAAAAAUAAAAGAAUUCGUAAAAGAAUUACAUUUCCGAAACCCACUCCCCUUAAUAAGGUCCAUCUUAACCCGACUUAUAUACACAACUUACUAACUCCGCCACCACCUCCCAAUUUCAUGCCUAAUCUAAAAAAUACUCCAGCCCCAUCAAUCUAAUCAUUAUGUGGCCAUUCUAUUGUUUCUGCACCUGUUCCGACCUAUAUGCCAACUCC